GCCAAUGGAUAUGGAGGUAACAAUGGUAGUUACGGGGGUAAUGGUGCUUCAACAUCCUCUGCGAAUGGUGCUCUGAUUUUGACGACGCCGAACGUAAUGGCUCCAAACAGCGGUCAGCAAGAGCAGCAACACGGUGCUAUUCAACAGCAGACGAAUACAUUUCAGCAACAGCAGAGGAGACCGUGGCAGAGAGGGUAUCGAGAACAGGAAGGCUAUCGUGAACAAGGGAACUCCCGAGGGAGAGCUGACCGUUUUGAACGUAUGUGGGGAUUUGUUAGUAAGGAGAUGGAAGAGAAUGAGCGUUUGGUGAAGGAGAGAGAGAAGAAAAGGAAGGAGGAGGAGGAGAAUAAGAGGCAACAGGAGCAGGAUGAAAAGAGACGUAAAGAGCAACAAGAGAAGGAGGAUUUCCAAGUGAAUUUGGGAAAAUUGAUAAAAGGGUCUACGGCAGAGGUGUGCGAGUCGAUAUUGGGCAAGAAAGUUGCCCCCACGGAGAGUGUUUGCGCCGAAAUUCAUAUCGAGCUUCGAAGGCAGGCGAUAGCCGCUGGGAAGAAACCAGUGCAAGAAGAUAAACAAGAAUCUGAGACGGAAAGAUUGAGAAGAGAAAACGAGGAGAUGAAGGUAGCUAUGCGGAUGAGUUUAGCUGAUAAGGAGAUCGAUUCUCUUAAACAAGAGAACAUCGUACUCUCGAGAGAUAUUAUUGAACUAAGAGGAGAUAUAAGUGCCUUGAAGAAAGCAGGUGAGAAGAGAAGUUCGGGAGACGUGAUGGAGAAGAGUCCGCCGGCUGAACCGGCGCGAGCUAAAGUGAGGGUUGCUGACCAAGAUCUUACUCCAGGGGACAUCGCUAAGUUGGCAGAUGCCUACUAAAGAAUGCGAGACGACAAGGACUAUGUUGAACGGGAAGUGGCUGCUCUUAAGGAACGGAUGAACCGUUUGAAAAUUCGGACAUCACCGCCAGUCGU